GCCAAAAUAAACAAAUUUGAGGUUGUAUUGAUCGAUACGGCGGGACGUAUGCAGGACAACGAACCAUUAAUGCGAGCGUUAGCUAAGUUGGUUUCGGUGAAUAAUCCCGACAAGAUUAUAUUCGUCGGUGAAGCAUUAGUUGGCAAUGAAGCCGUUGAUCAACUCACGAAAUUUAAUCAAGCUUUGAAAGAUUUUUCAGGGUUACAAAAUCCAAGACAUAUAGAUGGAAUGAUUUUGACGAAAUUUGAUACAGUUGAUGAUAAGGUUGGGGCAGCCUUAUCAAUGACUUAUACAACCGGACAACCGAUUUUAUUUGUUGGAACCGGUCAAACGUAUACAGACUUAAAGAACAUGAGAGUUGGACAUAUCAUUCACUCUCUUCUUAAAGAAUGAAAUUUGAGGCUCACAAAUCAGUCUGAUUUAAUGAUGAACGUGGUUGAACACUUUGAACAUUUAAUAUUUAAUCAAAAAUCACAUUAUUACUAAUAAGAAAUUUUUUUUUAAUUUAAUUUUUAUUUAUUUAAAAAUUUGGGGAACUGAGAAAAUCAAUAAUUAUUUUAUUUUAUUUUAUAUAUGUUUUGAUUGAUUUAUCAUUAUUAAUUUAACAUCAUUUCUGAUCAAAAUCAAUGGUUUAAUGAUAGAGAAUACAUGUCAGAGAGAAUACGCGUGAUAGAGAGAACAUUUGUGAUAGAAGAAUAUGUAUAGUAAUGAGAAUACGAAUGUAGAGAAUGUAGUACGUGUAUUGAGAAUAC